AUGUCAGACCCUAUCCCACAGCCACCGGGUGUGCCCCUCCUAGGCAACAUCUUCGAUAUCGAUCCAACUGGCGCGGCCAUUGCGGAGGAGUUGUGCGAUGAGAAACGCUUCCGCAAGUAUGUCGGCGGUCCGAUAGUCGAGAUACGGUACGCCGUGCACGAUGCUCUAUUCACGGCCUUUGAUAAUGAGGCGAGUUGGGGCAUCGCACACCGCAUCAUCGCCCCGAAGCUCAGUCCGCAAUCAAUCGCAGAACAUUUCAUUGAGAUGCGAGACACUACCACGGAGCUUAUCACAAAGUGGAAAGGGCUCGGUAUCGACAACAAGGUAUCUGCCAUCGGCGAAUUGAAUAGAUUGAACCUCGAGGUGACGACAUUGACUCUCUUUGGGAAGAAGUUGAACUGUCUCUCCGGGCCCGAGCAUCCGAUGAUAAAAGGGAUGGAAGACUCAACGUCUGAAGCGAUGAAGCGACCUAAUCGUCCCAAGUUAAUGAACUGGCUACUCUACGGUAGUAAGUUCACCAAAGCCACGAAUAAUAUGCGAACAUACGCGCAAGAACUAGUAGACUACCGAAAGGCAAAUCCGACAAAUCGGCAGGAUCUCCUUGCGAUACUAAUGAGCGCCAAGGAUCCGGAGACGGGCAUAUCUCUGACGGACUCACAAGCCAUCGACGAGAUGGUCUCCAUGCCGAUCGGCAGCAGUACGGCGCCAGGAAUGAUUAGCACUGCGAUAUACUUCCUCCUAAAGAACCCGCAAGUUGUGACCGAUGCGCGCCAGGAACUAGAUUCCAUCAUCGGUGACGGCGAGUUUCAAUUCGAGCACCUGGCACAGCUCAAAUACAUCGAGGGAAUCAUGCGCGAAUCACUUAGACUCUCAUUCGCCGCGCCGGGAUUCAACAUUGAACCUAUACCAGUGAUAGCAAGGCCCCCGUGCAGCUAG